AUUUAAUUAAAAUGGCUGACUUGUCAACUUUGCGAAGUUAAAUCAAUCAAUGGACACUAGAUUAAGACAAUAAAGUAUGAAUAAUGAGAUUACCUAACAAUAGACAUUCAUGAAAUUAGAUUAGAUGAGUACCAAUCUACUUACAAAAUUUGGAGCUGUGUCAUCAGAUAUAAGAUCAGUCUAACAUUCAGCAAACUCAAUCCAUGCUCAAAUCAACUAGGCCUUUAAUAGAUUUCUAACUUUGAGUGAUAGCCGCUUUACUGAAUAAGUAAUUUGAUUUAUAGAUAUUUAAAGAGAAUGGCACCUCCAUAAGAAGCUGCCCCUAAAGCUACACCUGCUUAAAACAAAGAUGAUGGACUUACUAUGCCUCAAAGAUAUACCAAAGCCUUAGGUAUAGCAUUACAAUCUCUUGAUUUAUAAUAAAUGGCUUAGGAUGGUAUAAUAAAUCCUCAUAUUCUUUAGAUGACAUAUUUGAUGACAGAGAUGACAAAUCAAUAUCUGUUUUCUCAGCAGCAACAAGUAGUGGAACUGUAAGCAAGUCUGUUAAGUUACCUGCUAUGUAUGGCACACCACAAUUCAACAAUAAUAAAUUUAUUGGUUCUACAUUCCAUACUAUUCCUAGGUCUUUUUGAAGACUUCGAUGAAGCUCCUGUUUAAGAACCAGUACGUUAAUCUGCUCCUGCACCUGCAUAUAGAUAAUCUGAAGCACAGCCUUAAUAACAAUCUUAAAUUAAUUAGUAAUCUCAGUUAGUUCCACCAUAAAAUCAAUAACAAAUUAGAUAAUCUGUGAGAUAAGAUUAAUCUUAUAUUUCAUAUACUGGAGACAAUAAUCAAUUCAUUACACGCACAAAUUCAGCUUUAGGUAAUUCAAUGAUGGAAUCAUAAUUCAAAUUUACAGAUCCAAAAUAAUAGGAAGCAUUUAAUCAAGCAUUUGCACCGCCAUAUCAAUAACAAUAAUAAUAAGGAAUGUAUCCAUAACCACCACUAUAAACUGCCUUACAAACAUAAAGACCAACUGUAGUUGAUGCUCCUCCUCCACCUCCACCUCCACCACCUCCAACUUAAUAACCAUACUAUUAAUAAACAUAACCACAAUAACCAUAACAAUAUCAACCAUAACUAUAUUAACCAUUAUAAUAACAACCUCCUCCUUAAUAGUAACUUCCUCCUCCUUAAUAUUAACUUCCUCCUCCUUAAUAGUUGCCUCCACCUCCUUAAUAGUAACUUCCUCCUCCUUAAUAGUAACUUCCACCUCCUUUAACACUUGUUGAAUAAUUAAAUUAACAUAUUUUACAAAAAAAAGAAUAGUAAUAACCAAGAUAACCACCAUAAGAACUAAUCCCAAACCCAUAAAUUAAUUAAACUUAAUUAGAAUAAUAACCUAAUCCUUAAUCAAGAAAUUCAUAAUAACCAGUCAAAGUAUUUUAACCUCCAAAUGUUAUUGGUGCACCUACUUAUGCAUAAUAAAAGGAUAAAAUAACAAAUUUAUUUGAAGAUGAUGAUGAUGAUGACAAUGAUGGUGGAUUAUUUAAAUCUACUAAUACAAAUAAAAAUAAGUUCAACAAUCUACUUACUGAUGGAGUAGCAAAAUAAGAAGAUGUUCAAAAACCAGUUGCUGUUGUUAUUAAAGAAGAAGAAGAUGAUCAAUUAAAUAUUUAACCUAGAUUACCAAGUUUUAAGCCUCCAUAAAAAAAAUAACUUUUCGAUGAAACAGAAGAAGAAACACUUUAAAAAUCAAAUGCAGAUAAAAUUGCAGCAAUGUAUGCAUAAUAAUAAUAACAACAAUAAAAACUAUAAUAAUAAUAACAAUAAUAAUAAUAAUAAUAACAAUAAUAAUAAUAAAAAUAAUAAUAGCAAUAAUAAUAAUAACCUAAAUAAUAAGUUCCUCCUCCUAAAAUAACUCCUUAAAGAAAUGUUUUUGAAGAUUCUGAUGAUGAAAAAAAGCAAAAAACUUAAUAAAAUCCUUUAAAACCCCCUUCAUAACUAAUUGUUUCUUCUGAAGAACCACCAGUCAGACCUUCAAUUUAAUAAUUGUAAAGUAAACUGAAUUUAAACAUGUUUAUGAAAGCACCUGGAGAAUAAGUAACUAUGAAAGAUAUUAAAAAAAAUGAAAGAGAAAAUGAAUCAGAAUUUAUAGAGUAAUAAGCAGAAAGACCAGUUGUAUAAAAGAAAAAGGCUAGAGCAAAACAAGCAAUAGAUUUUGAUGAUGAUUCUGAAAAGAAAUCUACUAAACCAACUUUUAUUAUAAAAGAGAAAACAUAAUAAGUUUAAAAAGCAGAAGUAGUAAUAGAUAGAACAUCUUAUAGAGAUUCAUUAAAAACUAAUAAAUAGAAUGAUUUUGAAGUUCCAAUAACUUUGGAAGUGAAAACAGAAAAGAAAGAUAUUUAAGUAACAAUAACUCCCCCAACUCAAUAAUUACCAAGUUUAAGCUUAAACAAACCAAGUUAACAAGAUCCAUUAGGAAAAAAGAAUAUUGGAAAAGAGUUUGAAUAAAAGUAAUGAAUAUUUAAUACUUUAUAGAGGGUUACCAAAUUUCUUCAACGAUCCUUUGGGUGGAGGAGGAAAGAAACAAUAAUAACCAGCAUAGAUAGGAAAUUUACCAAGUUUGGGAGGUAUAAUAAAAUAAAAAUAAUAGGUAAAACUAAUACUUAGACAACAAAUGUUUAAGUAACAGUGACACCAACAAUAGCAAAACCUUAGAGAAAAAAUAUGUUUAGUGAUGAUGAAGAUGAAUCAGCGACUAAAUUACCAAUGCCAGGCUAAAGAAUUGAGUAAGAUGAAAUAAUUAUAGUUGACCUCCGAAACCAGUUGUAUAACAAUAGUAGCAAAUUCCUGCAUAGAAGCCAUUAGCUAAAAAAAAUAUGUUUGAUGAUGAUUCAGAAGAAGAUUUGAAACCACCAUCAAGACCUACAAUAUAAUAAUAAAUAGUAAAACCUCCUGAACCAAUCAAAAAACUUGAAGCUCCUAAACCAACAGCUGCUUAAUAAAGAAAUUAGAGAAAUCAAAGAGCAUUGUUUGAUGAUUCUGAUUGAUGGAUAUUGCCAAUAUUGCAU